CGUAAAUUUAUUAGAAUUGGUAUUAUUUUUUAGGCAUGUCCGCAUUCGAAUGCUGGACCCUCGUUACAAAGAGGCCCGCCAGGGGUGCCACUACAAUCCAUCCAUCCAUCGAAGCAGAAUCCAAGACAAUCCAUGCUGUUCAUAAAAAGCCUAGCCAGCUGAGAAAUCCGGUUAUUUCGUGUUAUGCGGAUCAUGCUGUUCAUAUAAACAAAGUUUGCAAAACUCGCGUGUGAAUACAUACUCUUCUCUGCGUAAUGUCUUGCUAUGUGUUUGUGAAGAUUCGUCCGGUCACGCCAUUCUUUAAAGCAAAGCCAUUGUGGGCACGUGCAUCCAAAGAAACCAGUGGGCGAUGCAACUUCCGGCCUCUGGCUCUCAGUCGCAGGGCGAUGCAAACACAAGAAAAAGAUGAGCAUCCUUGCAUAGUGCAGUGGAGCCCAACAUGAAAAGGAGUGUUGCCUAUCUCACAACAUAUGUUGCGAAGAAUAUUCAGUGGAAUACCGCUGUGACCAACCAGCUGAGCGGAAUUCCACCAUCACUGCAUUUGCAUUUCAUCCUCCGCAGAGGCUCAAAGUGGACACAAUGCAGUAUUCGAGUGCCGCCUUUGACUUUACAACACGCACAAUGGAGGGAACCCAAAAUCUGAGAGGAAUCGUGUAAGACAGCAUCUGUACCAAUGUGUCCUGUGAGAAGGCAUCUUCAUCAAUCACAUGCAAUGUCACUCAUGCAAGAGGGCCUUGUAAUGUCAUCUGUGUCCCAAAUAGUUUUGAUGCAAACUGUCUUUCACCAAUUACUGUAGUCUUGAACCACUUGAACUUGGCAAGGUCUGCUGUGCUGUUGCAUGUGAGCAUCUCAUGUAAAGAAGAAAACAUAAUGCUCUUCAGUAUGCUAUUGCAUGUGCGUUUUUUUUUUUUUUUUAGAGUACAAUCUUUUACACUAUGCAGAAUGUGCUAAUGUGUAACGUGGCAGUGCCAGACAUAUGCAAAGAACUAAAGGAUAUGUAAUUUGUUGAUGUGUUUACUGGAAUAUGCCAAACCUAUGCUACUGAAAGGUGGUACUGAUUAAGCAUUUCUGGGAAAGCUCUGUUUUGCACUUGGAGAACAGCUUUUUGCCAUUAAACACAAACUCUUUGUCAUCACAGUUUGUAGACAAAAGUCUGUCAGGGACAAGUAAUGACACGAUCCCAUUCCCCCCCAUGACCCCCUGCACUUGGUUGAGAACCACUAACAUACACUGUUCUUAACAUUCUGGGUAAUAAACAGGGGUUGAAGUACAUAUGUGCAUAAGAUUUUUGUCUGCGUCUAUGUGUUUCACAUGACAUAGGGAAUGUUGCAAGAAUAUUAAAUGUGUUGUCUCAGCACCUCCAAAUGUAGCGGCUUUAUUUUUUCUUGCCUUAGAUUUAUUUGUGAAAAAUAUGUGAAAACAGAUCUCGAAAAUUAAGAUAAAGUGCUUUUCUCUUUGCACUGAAUCCUGUACAUUAUUAUAUAAGAGCAGAUAUUUGUUGUUAUUCCAGUGGCGUCACUAGGGUAUGCAUCACACCAUCCCCCAAUAAUUAAUCCCUUUUCAUGCCACGUGAUACACGAUAAAUAACAUCAUACUUCACGCGUAAAAAAAUUGUGCCCUCAAAGGGUUGAGUGAGGAAGCAGCGGUUCUUAUGCGGCACAUCACCCCCCUCUCCCCUCAGUGAUGCCACCUCGUGAUAAGAAGGAGUCAAGUGAAUAAUGCUGCUGCUUUUAAAACUGGGAACCGGUCACCAGCUCUGGUGGCGCAGCGGUAACGCGUGCGCUUGGAGACUGGGAGGUCCGCGGGUCAAAUCCGCGGGCCGGCUGUGCCGUCUGGGGUUUUUCCUGGGUUUCCCUCAGAUGUGUAAUAGGCAUAUGCCGGCACAGUUCCCCUGAAGUCGGCCCAUGGACGCAGCUAUCCUCCCCCCGCUUGGUCUUCCACUUCACCCUUUCCUCUCCACCACCUUUCCCUUCCCGAGAAACAUGCCGCCUAAUCAGGCAGGCAGACCUCUCGGGUUCCUCCCAACGACACUCCUCCUCCUCCUCCUCCUCGGGAACCGGUCCACUCGUCACAGGAAGACUCGUCACAGGAUAAUUGGUCACACCGGCCCUCUGGUAUGAGGUCCUUUGUCACCGGAACACUUGUCAAGGGUGGCGGUUUGUCACCGGAACACUGGUUGCAAGGUUUACCCCGUUCCAAAGGGAAUGCGUUUCGCAGUGUUUUACCAAAGGGAUUAGUCCCGUGCCCGACCCGCACUUCCGCGAACCCGGAUUCCGAAGACUGUUGACUGUACAAAUUUCACGUCUUUGCUAAGGGCACGGAGAGCAUGGAAGUGACAAACUCAGCAUGGGGCUCCGUUGCUGGGGCGCCGACAAAAGUUGAGAGACUGACCAAGAUUAGGUCAGGAGACCCUUUUACGUAUUUCACAUGCUGGGGAAUGGGUCAGUUCAUGUAGAACAUGCACCGGUCAAGACUGACCAAGGUUAGGUCAGGAGAGCCUUUUACGUAUUUCGCACAGGUUCACGGUGACGAUUAUUCCGGCGUGACAGCAGUUCCUCGUACGAGAUGCCCUGUGACGAGUUGGCCUUAUUGACGGGUUCACCUGUGACCAGUUGGCCUGUGACGACCGGGCUUGUGACGAGUUCUCCUAAACCCUGGAAUUUUGUGUGCAUGUGUGUGAGAGAGAAAGUUUUGCAAUUCUGAUCUAUUUUUGUCUGGAAUAUCAAUAUAAUUUGAAAAUUGUGAUGUUAGUACAGUUAUUAUCUCUUAAUUUGUGUGACUAUCAUUCCGCUUUACAUGUGCAGAUUCGUUUCAGGUUCCUGUUCAGGCAAUAAAUUUAUUGGAGCUAACCUCGCAUAGCCAUGUUAUUGCUUCAUCUUUCUGCCCUGCUUGUAUUACUACUACGUAUUGAUUUUGACAAUGGUUUUAGAUUCAGUUGAUGUUAAGACAGAAGAUGUAGAGCUCGUCGAAUACGACACCAGCCCGUACACUGUGGAAGAGACUCUCCAUCCGUUGCCAUGCAGGACACCCAAAAGUGAAACGCUGUUCCGCUGUGAGUUCUGUGAGUGCAACUUUUUCCAGAGCUACCACCUCACCGAGCACCAGCACAACCACACGGACGAAGAAGAGGAACCGUAUGAUUGCAACUACUGUUCCAGGACUGUGGCCCAGGAUCUGCACAUGAUAGGCGAAUCGGACGGUGACCUGAAGCCCUUUAUGUGCCUUCUUUGCAAAAUGCCGUUUAGGCAUCGUGGUGACCUGUACGAGCACAGAGCGUUCCACAAAGAGAAGUCCCACUUCGAAGUGUGUAUCAGGUCGUCCUCUAGUUAUAACUAUUUGACCCGUCACAUGCUGCAGCACACAAAAUGAUUGCCCACUUUGGCUUGUAAUCUCUGCAAAGAAAGGUAUCAUUUUAUGUGCUUUGCUCUUCUGAGCUUUGAUAUCUGUAGUAUUUGUCUUGAACAUGGUGCUUGUACUGCCUCAUGUGUGUCAAAAUGAAUUCUAGGAAAUCAAUGUCAACACUUGAAAAUGCUAUUCAUAUUCAGUGUUGGCUUUCACGAAAAUGUCUCGCUGUGAAGUGGACAGCCAGUGUAGUUUACAACCAAAUCAUUGUACUCUUAAUAGAGAAUCAGAACAUUAACAAGUUUUCAGCAUCUAAUAUAAUGACCGUCAUGACCCACAUGACCGUCAAAGGUGGUUUCUCCUCCAAAGCAUGAAUAUCCAAUGACUGCAAAAUGAACAGGCUGUCAUGAUGAAUUAGAAAACCAAGGAGGAUAUGCACACGAUGAGGUAGCAUUAUCUUACAUUAAACCUAUCCUCGAGGAAAUGUCAGCAAAUUAAAAUUACCAGAAAGUGCAAAGUUUAUUUAUUGUAUGAUGUUGACCUGGUGCAUUGGCCGUAGUUCUCUUAUUAUGUCGUAUAGCUCAUGAUUAAGACCCACAGUUUUCUGCUGCGGCAAGUUCAAGAUUACGUGGCACUAACUUGUAAAUUCCGUGAUUUUCUACGGCAAGGAGUCAACGGCUACUUGAAACUGGGAACGCUUUAUUUUCUUGGACAAUGUGGGAACAAAAAAAAAAUUAUAAACUUGCAGAUUCAAAACACUGUUGUGACUCGGCAUUACAUGAUAAUCUCCUGUGUUCUCCUCUAACAGCGAAUGCCGUCUGUCAAUCAUUUAAUUUACAAUCAUUUAAUACCUUCUGAAACCUUCGCCAACUUUGUCAUGUUGUGCUGUAAGGUUUGUCAUAGCGUGUUUGUCCAGCAUUUCAUUCCGCGUUUUGUAAUUCGAGUGACACUAUCAUCCAUUAAGUCAGUGGACCAAGUGUGCGCAAAUCAAACAAAAAUACCACAAUAACUAGCAAUAUUUAGUGCUACACUAGAGGUGUGCAUAUUAUGCGGUGGCGCAAAAUAUCCGAGUGAAUGUGGUAUGUUGAAGGGUAACAUGUACCAUGGAGCAGUUAGAAACGUGCGGAGCGUGCAUGUUUAUCUGGCACUCUUUUGCGGGAGCGUGCAAUACUUCUCCUGAGAUAGCCUUAGUUGCUCAUGCGCCAAUAAACCUCAAUCCAAUCCAAUUCUUCGGAGACUCUGCACGUCGUAGUAACUGUUCACAUCCUGCCACGUGUGUCCUUCGACCCAGUUGGGUCUUUGGCACAAUCGGACUUCUGUGAAAUUCUGUGCAAAACAUUGCAAAAUUUCAAACAAAGCGAAAUUCUGUGCCAAAUGAGGUAUUCCGCGUAAUUUCGUGAAAUCUCGGAAGACCGGGGUCUUACUCAUGAUCACAGCUGCCUCGUGAUGUAAAGCGACUUCAUUAUUAUUAAUAUCUUAUUGUGUAAAGCAUAACUGCUUAUCUUUAAGUGCAUAUUGGUUGGUUCACACAUGUGCAGAGAUUUUACAUGUGGGAUGUGUUUGCACAGUCAUAAAAUUAGGAUUGUAAUUUUAGCUGAUUAAUGUUCAUUCCUUUAUAUGUGCAUGUGUCUGUGACCUGAAAGUCAUGGUGUUGUGUGUAGGGGUUCCUGAUAAUCAUAUCUGUAUUGGGCUGUAUGAUACUAUAACUUCAGAGCUUCUAUUGGUUUGUUCAGUUGUGCAGUUAAAUAUAAUUGCCUCCUCUGCAGAAAAUAAUGUGCGACUGGGCUUUGCAGUUACUGAAUGUUGCCGUCCGUUAGUGUUACCUGUGCUUUUAGGCAGGAAAGCGUGCCUGCCUUGACAACAUUUCUUCGAAGAAACUAUAGAUAACUUGGUGCUAUGUAGUCCACAUUAUCAGGGAGCUUAUAUUGCCUUACCUGAAUAUUGAAACACCUUGUUUGUAGUUUGGUUUUUAUUAUUUUAAAACUGUUACAGUAUACCAUUGUAUAGUAUAAAAGAUAUUUCAACAACAUCAGGGCAAACUUUACAAAACUGGUCACAAUUACCUGAAUUAAGUUUUGAGUUUUUCAUGUUUCACUCUCUGUAGCUUGCAAUAUUUACUUUCCACAACAUUUACAGCACAUGAUGAAAAUGGGUGAUCCAUACCUGCUAUCACAAAACAUGUAGUCAAAACUGUACUUCGUUGGUUUCUAUGAGCACAUCUGUAGUUUUAUGCCAUCUAUUGGCUGUGGAUAGUAUCCAUAAACUGGCGAUUACCUUUGAAGUAUCCUGAUGCUAUGCUGUGCCUCGCACCCAGUGGAGCACUGUGCCACAAUAACUCCGCAUCAUUUCUGUGCAUGCCUCGUAAUUUCCAAGCAUUUUCAAUAUUACAUUGAGUGUAAACAAGUCUGAUUGUAGCAUGGAAUAUGAGGGGUAGCUGGAUCUUCAUGAAUAUUUCACUAUACGUACAUUCAAUCAUCACUUAAAGAUGCCUUGUCAGUCAACACUGUAGUGCGUAGAAAGCAGAAAAAUCUGUAGUCAUAUAAUCUUGUGAUUCACAACCUCAGAUAUGCUCCAGUUGCAUUUAAUAAAUGUUGCCUACACAUUUGGUAUAAGGUCGCAUCUUGUGCAAUUCUUUGGCAGAAAGCUGGAAAGUUGCAGGAGCCAUGGACCUCUCUCAGGCAUUGUGUGUGUGCCUCUCAGUUUCACCUGUCUUAUAGCUCUGUGAUUUUUUUGUCCCUAAAGUUCGAUGCAUGUGGAAUUUAGAGGCUCUGUUUGCGUAUGUGUCUGCUACUUGCGUAGCGUCUGCUUACUUGUGUUUGCAGUAAUGAAACAUUUUGUGCGUGCAUAAGAGCCUUGUGUUUUGGGUCAAACCAGCUAAAACCCAUUUUUAGCCCCACCAACUCGCGGGGCAUAGUGGAUAAGUUGAUCGCCUUCCAUUCCGAGACUGGGAAGUGAUGCAGGUUCGAAUUCGGAUACCGGCUGUGCUGUCUGAGGUUUUGACUGGGUUUUCCGGCAGACUUUCUAGACAACAGAGCAGCCCUGGAUGCAUGCUAACCUCCUCGCUGUCCCCCACUCCUUCUUGCAUCAACUUGAUGCAUCAACUUCACCAGCUCGCUUGCUUAGCCAUCUUUUCAUCAUCAUGGUAGCCCAUUAAGUCAUUCUCGAUAUUCUGAACAGUCACAGUGUUUGAAGAACAUGGGUGAAGAACACUCUCGUGGCAAAAGCGCUUGCAGGGACUACACGGCGGAACAUGGCGUACCUGACAAAAUUCACACUAGCAUGCUAACUGAUGCUCAAUGUGACAAAUGGGUUGAGCAUGUGUGAACAAACAGAGAGAGCUGAGCAUGAAGUUAGUCAGUACAUGGUGAACUGAGCAAGAAGUGAGUGUGAAUGUGAGUGAGCAAACAAAGAGCUGAGCUAGAGAUGAGUGAGCAGGAGUUGCAACCGCUGAUCUCUGCUCUCACGUGCUUGUGUACUUCCAGUAAAUUUUGAAACGUCCCUAAAC